AGCGCGGCCGGGCCGGGCAGGGGGACGGCGGGCCGGGACGGCCGCUCCCCGGACGCAAGCAGCGAGCCGCGGCCUGGUCCGCACGUGGGGCCUGGUCCCCUCCGGCACGCCUGCGCCGCUUCCGCCGCCCUGAGCCGCUGCGCCCGGCGCCCACCGGCCGGGACGGCCCCGCGGCGGCCGAGCGUCGCCCACCAUGCCGCCGCCGGAGGCGCCGCCGGAGCCGGUGCCCGAGUCGGUGCUGGAGCAGUGGCGGCAGUACAACGAGACGGAGCGGCAAUGGGGACUGCGCCGCCGCUUCAUCCUCCGCCACCUGCACGGCUACCCCGGCGCCGCCAUCGACCAGCUCCUCUCGCUCUCCGUCCUCUGGACCAACCACGUCUUCAUGGGCUGCAGAUACGGUGUGCAGGUCAUGGAGAAGGUUCUCAAGAUGGCUGAAGGCAUCGAUGUCGGGGAAAUGAGGUCAUACGAGCUGGUCCCCAGCAAGAAGCUGAAAAGAUACCGCUCUCCAUGCGACAGUCCAGAGCCUGAAGGGCUUUCUGAGCCCCCCAAGAAGAUAGCUCCCAGGUUCCGGGUGCGACCACGUUUUGAACCCAUACACUUUGUCACCAGUGCCGAGAAGGAUGACAAGAAAGAAGAUUCCCUGGAUAACCAGAUGCAGGAGGCGAACCAGGAGGCAAAUACAAACAGCGUAGUGCAGCCAGCUGAGAACUGUGCAAACUCCUUUGUGAGUGCCCAGGAGGUGGAUCCCCAGCUCUGCGGCUCUGCUGGCUUUGGCUUCGCAGGCCAGGCGGCAGCUGCCAGGAGGGCUGCCAACACUGUGGACUCUGCCACAAGCAGUGCCUCGCAGGCUUCUGUUUCUCCUUCCACCGUCCAGUCUGCAUCCGAGACUUUCCCCCCAUCAGCUAUAACGCUGAAGCAGAGCUUUAUCGAGAAGCUGUCCGCAGCUGUCUGGAAGAACCUCGCCAACCCAGACACGAACACCGGGACUGAUAAAAUUAACUAUACCUAUCUUUUGACACGUUCCAUUCAGGCGUGCAAGACAAAUCCUGAAUAUAUUUAUGUUCCUCUCAAAGAAAUCGCCCCAUCUGACCUCCCCAAGAGCAAGAAGCUCCUCACAGAUGGCUUUGCCUGCGAGGUGCGGUGCCAGAACGUCUACCUGGGCACCGGCUACGCCGGCAGCAAGAACGGCUCCAGGGACCGCGCCGCAGAGCUGGCGGUCAAGCUGCUGAAGAAGUCCGUGGAAGUCAGGGUCGUGCAGCGGAAGUUCAAGCACACGUACCACGAGGACCUGGUGGUGUGCGAGGCCGGCGUGGCCUGGCCGGAUUUCCCUCCCGCUCUCAAACCUCACGAGGAGUUUGUAGUUGCCAACAGGGACUGUGUCCCGAUGCAGCCCGGCUCCGAGUCCGUGAAGGGCCCCGCCAACACCAACAAGCACUGGACUAGUUUUGUGCUGACGGAGAACGCCAGCGACGCCAUAGGAAUAUUGAACAAUUCUGCCUCCUACAACAAAAUGUCUGUGGAAUACAAAUACGAACUGAUGCCCAACCGCUCGUGGCGUUGCCAGGUGUACCUCCAGGACCACUGCCUGGCUGAGGGAUUCGGCACCAAAAAGACCAGCAAGCACGCGGCAGCCGAGGAGGCCCUCAAAAUCCUGCAGAAGAUGCAGUCGAAUAUCGCGGCCAUCAAAGUGACCCAGGUGCAGAAAGUGGGCUGCUCCUCACGGGGCUCUGGGAGGAAGAAAGACCUGAAGGACCUGGUGGUUUAUGAGAACUCGAGCAACCCCGUGUGCACGCUCAACGACACCGCCCAGUUCAACAAGAUGACGGUGGAGUACGUCUUCGAGCGGAUGAGCGGUAUGCGGUGGAAGUGCAAGGUGCUGCUGGAGGACGAGUUCAUCGCAGAAGCCGUCGGAGUGAAGAAAUCCGUCAAGCACGAGGCAGCAGAGGAGGCCGUGAAAAUCCUCAAAAAGACUCAGCCGACCGUUGUUAAUAACCUGAAGAAAGGCACCGUGGAAGACGUCAUCUCCAGGAACGAGAUUCGGGGUCGGUCGGCAGAAGAGGCUUUCAAACAGAAGAUCAAAGAGGACAACAUCGGGAACCAGAUCUUAAGGAAGAUGGGCUGGACGGGCGGUGGCCUGGGGAAGGACGGGGAGGGCAUUCGAGAGCCCAUUUCGGUGAAGGAGCAGUUUAAAAGGGAAGGACUUGGGCUGGAUGUAGAAAGGGUGAACAAAAUCGCCAAGAGAGACAUCGAAGAGAUCAUUCGCAACUAUGCACGCUCGGACAGUCACAUCGACUUGACUUUCUCUCGAGAACUGAACAUGGACGAGCGGAAGCAGAUCCAUCAGAUCGCCCAAAAGUACGGUCUGAAAAGUAAAUCUCACGGGCAGGGGCACAACAGGUACCUGGUGGUGAGCAGGAAGCGGCGCAAGGAGGAUCUGUUGGACCAGCUGAAGCAGGAGGGCCAGGUCGGGCAUUACGAGCUCAUCAUGCCGCAGGCGAACUGAGGGUGGGCGUCCCCCUGGGCCCAAGGCUGAGCUGCCCCCGGCUCAGACACACACACACACACACACACACCCCCCCGAUGCUGCAUUUGUCCUGUCGUGGGUUAUAUUAACGUUGGAACCUUUCACUUCGUUAAUAUAAUUUCUGAGGUGUUGUUAGGCGUUUAGAACUGCCCUGGUUCUGGUGGAGUGUCUUAGCACAACCAAGAGCAGUAGUGCUGUUGCUGUAUGUGUCUCUGGUAUGACUUGUUCCUUCACAUUUUACUAGUUUUGUAUUAGCAAAAACACACGUCCAGCCAGAAGGAAUUUGCCGUCAGUUCAAGUUUUAGUUCCCAUAUUCUUCUUGAUCAAGGAAGGGAAAAAAAAAUAUGCCUUUUGGUUUUUUUACAAAACAAUAAUGAUGAAGUGCAGAGGAAAUGCAGUCUGGGGGAAGGAACCUGGAUGUAAAGGUGGGAUUCAUGACAAUGAGAAUAAAGUUUUAUUUCUGGAAAAAAAAACCCAACGGGAUUUGUCACACUUUGUAAAAAGAAAAGUGUGAAAACUGCUUGGAUUGAUAAACCUGUCUAGUGGAGUCUUGUCUCUGCUCUGUGUGUGUGUGUGUUUAGAUGCCCUUAACCCCAUGAAAGGUGCAGCUGUAUUGACAGGUUCCUACCUUGACUCUCCCACGCCGAGGACGGCCGGGCACCGGAGCGCUCGCUGCUCAGCACAUGCCAAUGCCACGGAAGGGAGUGUGGAACACCAGAACUGGAGGUAAGCACAGAGCCCACGCC